AUGAAUGGGCAUCCAAGUAAUACGAAACAACAACAUCCGAAAAAUAUAAAACAAUUACCGCCAAAUCAUGAACAGCAAGAUUCAUUAGGUAUCCCAUCAAAUUGCUCUGCGAACGUUGAAUCAUCAUCCAAUAUGACGACUACCAACAACAAUAAAAAUAAUAACAAGAAAUAUUUCAAAGUUUUAUUAAUUUCAUUUGGAGUUUUACUUAUUCUUGGUGUUCUGGCAUGUGUAGUAAUGGGUAUUUAUGCCUUGGUUUAUAUAAAUAAAACAACGGUAGCAUCAACAACAGUGACAACUAGUACAACAAGUACGACAACGACGUUCUUACCACCACAAUGUUAUUCGUACAUGAUCAUCAAUGAUACAACACGGUUGAUAACAGCCGGAAGUGGAAGUGCAACCGAUUAUGGACUGUUUUCAACCAGCACUUUGGUUCGCUUCUUUGGUGCAGGUGGGACUCAAAUAGCAACAUCACCAACGGGCGGAUAUCACUGUGGUUCAACUUAUAAUGGUUGGUACGCAGGAGCAUUGCCUUCGUUUAGUAAUACUGUUAGUGGCAUAAUGUGUUAUACAGACAAUUCAUCACCAUGUACUUAUUACAAUACAAUAUUGGUAACUAAUUGUGAUUCCUUUUAUGUGUAUGAUCUCAUUAAUCCACCCAACAAUUUCAAUGAUAUGCGUUAUUGUACUGUUUAA